AGUUUAACCCUUCACCCUCAGUAUCAGAGCUCCUGGGAAACACGUGGAUAUUCAUGCAGAAACAACAACAUGGCAAGCCACGGGCUCACUUACGAGGGUUGUAAUUUUUUUAGACAAAGGUUGGUUUUAUCAACGCUAAGUGGUAAGCGGGUUAAAAUACGAAAUAUAAGAUCCAAAGAUGACAAUCCAGGGUUACGAGAUUUUGAGGCAAGUUUUAUAAGAUUGUUGGACAAGAUAACCAACGGAACCCGGAUUGAAAUAAAUCAAACAGGUACUGUGCUGUUCUACCAACCGGGUCUGCUGUAUGGAGGCUCUGUUGAGCACGAAUGUAACACUCAGCGGUCGGUGGGCUACUACCUGGAGGCCCUCAUCAUGCUGGCUCCUUUCAUGAAGAACUCCCUCAGGGCCGUGUUGAAAGGUGUCACCAACGACCAGAAGGACCCAUCCGUGGACCUCCUCAAAGCCACUGCUGUUCCGCUCAUGAAGAAGUUUGGGAUUGACGGAGAAGGCCUGGAGAUCAAGGUGGUGAAGAGGGGUAUGGCUCCAGGUGGGGGAGGGGAGGUCCAUUUCACCUGCCCGGUGCGCCGCACCAUUCGCCCCAUUCAGAUCAGCGACCCAGGCAAGAUCAAGAGGAUACGAGGAACAGCAUACUCUGUGCGAGUCUCUCCACAGAUGGCCAACAGGAUUGUGGACUCUGCCAGGAGCAUCCUAAACAAGUUUAUUCCAGAUAUCUACAUUUACACAGACCACAUGAAAGGGGCCAGCUCGGGAAAAUCUCCAGGCUUUGGGCUGACCCUGGUGGCGGAGACCCUGAACGGCACGUUCUUGGCGGCGGAGAUGGUGUCCCCGCCGCUGGGCGAGCAGCCCAUGCUGCCAGAGGACCUGGGGAAGACCUGUGCCAAGCUGCUGCUGGAGGAGAUCUAUAGGGGCGGCUGUGUGGAUUCAACCAACCAGAGCUUGGCACUGCUGUACAUGACACUGGGCCAACAGGAUGUGUCCAAAAUAUUGCUGGGCCCUCUCUCCCCAUACACGAUUGAGUUUCUGAGGCACAUCAGGGAUUUCCACCAGAUCAUGUUUAAGAUUGAGACCCAGGCUCCAGGCGAGGAGGAGAGCAAAGGAGGGGAGAAGGUGCUGAUGACGUGCGUUGGAGCCGGCUACACUAACAUCAGCAAGACCAUCAAAUAAAACUGCAACGUUUUUCAUUGAUACGGCUGAAAAACAACCAGGACACAAAUCACAGAAUGUGAUAUGUUGGGGUUUUUUUUUUACUUGGAACGUUUAUAUUGAGUAUUUUCUUUGUAUACAGACUGUUUUUGACUACUUGUGAUCAUGCAAAACAAUAUACAGCUUUUCAUACAUA